CUUUCUUUGAUGAUCUUUGGCAGUUGGCUCGCACUUUGAUUUUGAUUUGCAAAUAUCUGUGAUAGAAACCGUCUGUUUCCCUUUUAAUCGCCUGGUUUGACAAGUAAAUGUUGUGAUUUACUCCUCGUUAUGCAUAAACACAUAGCAUGUUCUGUAAUUUGUGAAUAAUGAGAGUGAAAUCAGGUGUUCAGGUUCAUAUAAAUCAUAAGUAUAUUUCUGAAAGGAGACAGCAUGGAAGAUACAAACCCAGAGCAGGUGUGUGUUUUGACUAAAACUGAAGGAAGUGCAAAAGUAACUGAUAGAGAGGAAACAGAGACUCCAGAGGUAUUUACAGCGACCUGGAUGCCAGAUGAUCAUAUCAGAUUUUUCUUCGAACACAUAUGGCGUGCUUGGGAUCUAGAAGAAGAAAAUAUCUGUUACACUGGUUCUCUGAUUGCUGCUCGUUUCAAGUUAUAUCAAGAUAUAGAAAAUGGUAUCAUACCAGCAGCUGUUGCUUCAGAGUUAAGAAGUCUAGUAAAGAAGGCACUCUCAGUAAGGCAAGAAAUUGAGAGAGUCGAGGCUAUAGCUGAAGGUGAAGAUCCAGACUCAGAUAUUGACCAAAGAGAUGUUGUUCAACUCAUCAAGCUGCACCAACAGAUGGAAAAACUGAGAUCACGCUAUGAUUCUUUGCAAGAUCCAGUAUUAAGGAUGCUAUCAAGAGACCAACAAGACAUUGAAUGGUUUGAAUGCCAAGACAGAAGGAAAAGGGAUCACUGUUAAGAUAAUUGUGGAUUCACUGAACUGCAACGAACUGGCUCUUGAGAUGUCAAAAUUACCUGACCUCAAAAUCUUUAAAAAAGGUGCCUGAAGAUAUAGCAUGUCAGUUCUUUCCCAACACUACAAUUAGCACUGGAUGAGUCUAUGAAAGGAGAUAUCAUAGUCCUCCUUAAUGGAACACAUUCACUUCAACAUCUUGGCUUAUCAGCUAUGGUGGUAUUAUAGUUGGCCUAGGUGAUAAUGUUGUUAUUGAAGGAAAUGAAGCCACUGGUGAUGUACUGAUUGACACAAAUGGUGAUUUUCUACUGCAAAAUCUUACCAUAAGACCUUCUAAAGGUCAAGUGGGGAUUGCUCACCAUAAAGGCAAUAUCAAACUUAUUGAUAUUCAUUUGGAAGUCUUUUACAAGAAUCUGAACAAAAUGUGAUUGAAAACAAUGAUACUAAUGUUGCUGUUGUAGCUGCUGAAGGGAAAGAUGACUUCCGGGCAUUUCCAUCACGAUUCAAAGCUCUUCGACACCAUCACUCUAGUGGAUCUAUGGACUCUGGUUGUGAUUUCCUUGAUAAUGGAAAUUGAAAUGUAAUCACUGAUUUAUAUUAAAUGUGUCCCAUUCAUAUAAAAUGGUGAUUUUUCAUUAGCUUGGAUUUGCAAUAUAGAGGUUUUAUUUAUAUUAAUAAAUUAUUUAUAUACAUUCUCGAAAUAUGGCAUAUAUGUUCGUGUAACAUGAAAUUUGAAACUUAAAUAUCACCAAAACCCAUGUAGUUUCAAAGCUUGGAAUACAAUUCGU